CUUACGGGAAUUGAAUUACAAUGCCUCCAAAAUUGUCUACCAAACAUAUUUUUAAAGUAUUUUUGUAGGAUUUUAUAUAGUGUUUGCACAUGUGAAUAUUGUCCGACCGUGUUCCCUAGACCACCCCCCUGAUAUUGGUAGAUGGUUUAUGCUAUUUCGGGGGGAGUAGUACCACAGAAGUACUGCUUUUGCUCAUUACCUUCAAGCGCUUUCUCCUAUUCCAAAAAAAGCACAUUUUAUACUUGGACAACUUUGAUUUUUUCUCCAAAUUCGCUACUUGUUUUGGCCUUGUUUUUGCAUUGAAAAAUGUGGGAAGUUGUCUAUCCGACCUCUCGUGCUGUUGAGCUUGGCGCAGAAGACGACGAGGAAGAGAAAUGUAUGUUUCAAAGUAAUUUUACAACUCCUAUUGUUCGCCUAUCACAUGAACUUCAAAGUGAUGGUAAGACAGUCUCAUGUAAACUACUGGUGUUGGCAUUUGAGAGGAUAUCUACAACGUUUAUUGAAGCACAUUUUUUAAACAAUGAAAGCCAGAUAGUUGGUCUGGUUUCAAGUGGAAAUAUGAAGGAAGAAUGUACUAUAACUAACAGUUUGCGACAGACAGCCAGUUCAGACAAGACUUGCUUUAUGCAUUCUGCAGAUGGGUCACAUGAAGUGUUGUUUUGUCAGAGUAAAAUUGACGUUUCACCAGAAGCAUGUCAUAAUUGGGCCAACGAGGUUUGUAUUGACACCAUGCUAAUAUAUAAUUGGCUGGUUUCGGUGCAGCGUGGAAAAUUGCGCAACCAAGAUAUUGUAAUUGGAUGUGCAAUUUUGAUGCUUUCUAUAUAUUCACUAUUCAUUUUUUUUUAAAUCUUGGCGGCACAAUUUCCAUACAUGCCAGGGAGGGUUUCGGUGAGCCAGGGUUUGUACCACAGAAUAAAGAUCAGUAACAGAAGGGCCACUCUUUUUAUGCAAAAAUAUGCAGUUUACUGGCCAGAAGGCGGAGCAGCCAGCCAGUACAGUGUGUUUAUUGGCCAGAAAAUGUCAUUGACUGGCUAGGAAAAUGGCGGCCAACAUGUGCAAUGCAACAUACGCAAGGACAGAAACUUCAAAGCUUCUAACGUAAGUGGCCCUUCUAUAUGGAUCUUUAUUCUAUGGUUCGUACAAAACUUGAAAGUCCUUGAAUGGAAUUGACUCUUCCUGACAUGUAUGUACCCUAAGGGCUGGUGAGCAUGUGUCCAACGUCAGAAAUUUUGACACUUAAGUUGCAAAAAAAUUAAACUAUAUAUCCCUCGAUUCUAUUAGUUUGCUGCCAAAUAGAGACUACUACAUAUAAUGAAAGGAGUUAACAUAAUUUUAUCACAUGGUUACCAUCUGUGCAAUGGUGUUUAAUGAAACCCAACUAAAGAGUAAAUGUCUUGAUGCAAGAUAUACCUAUACAGUAUAAAUUAUACAUUGCUGUAUUUUUUAGGUAUUGUCCUGUAUCAAAGCAGACAAAAUUCUGAUUUUAUCAACAUUGCCAGCCUCAGUUUGUUCAUUGAAUUGUGAUGGUGACUCUGAUCGCAUGUUUGCAUUGAAAACUGAGAGUUGGAAAACGAAGAUUGAUUGCAAAUUUUUACCAUCACCGAAUAUUGUUGCAAAUCUUCCUGCCGCAGGUUGGUGAUUGUUCACACUUGCAUUUUUAACACCUGUAGUACAAUCAUAAUUGCCACCAUGCAUCAUAACCACCGCUGUCAUGACCAUCACCACCAUCAUCACCUGAAGCAAGGCUUGGAUAUAAUAAGAUAUAUAAAAUAUGUAUGAUUAUAAUUUUAAUUAAUAUCUACCUUUUUAUUUAGCUUUAACAUACUGUCAAAUAUUCCACAUUCCAGCAGUAAUGUAUGUUGGUGUUACUGCGACAGACAGUGUAGUAGAUUCCUCAGUCAUAGAGAUUUUCAAUGGAUUACUUGAGUGUGAACCUUUGAAAGAUCUUCCUAAGGUCAGUAGAUGAGAUUUUUGCCUGGUCAGGGGGUGUGCUAUUUUUCAUGAUAAAGCAAAAAAGACAAAAUGAGAUACAGUAAUUUGAGUAAUAACAUGAUGAUAAGUGAACUGUGAACAACAAUUACAAUUUAAAUACAGUAGUUGAUGGGUGGGCGGCACACAUGACCGACACAACUUGGCAGUCGGCACCAGAGCACCCUCCUUACCAGAUCAUGUUGGAUCCAUCCCUGUCAUACCUCACAUGUUCAUUACCUUUGUUGUCUUUCUCUAGCGAUCAGAGACAGAGACAGCAGAAUUCCUUAAAUCAAUGAAGAUCAUAUGUCCUCAUUUAGAAAGCAAUAUGUAUAUGUAAAUGUAUGUAGCUAACUCAAAUUGAGAUUCAAAACAAUGCUCAUUACUCAGAACAUGUACUGUAAAUUUGUAGGAUAUACAAUUGCUUUGAAAAUGAAGGAGAGACAAUUCUGCAUUUGUAUGGUCAAGUUUGAAUACAAUAUCACAGAAUAGAGACUUUAUACAAGAGGUUAGAUAUAAAAUUAUAAGUGGUGUGCAAGUUACGUCACCGUCCCCAUGUUGGAUGACAUUGACAAAGGAUUUUGCUUGUUUGCAAUGCAAAUAUCAUCCAACAUGGUGAAAAUCUCUUUGUCCUUUCCCAUGGGAGUAACCGCACAUCACCUAUAUUAGUUUUUGUGUACUCUUUUGCUUUAUAUAAUUUUACUCUUUAGUUUUAUUCUUUUGCUUUAUCUAUAGUCAAACCCCUCCACAUGGACACAGAAUAGGAAGGUAUACUCUGUAACUUCUUAUUCUGUGACAUGGACACCUCUCUAAAAUUUUCUGAUCCUGAUGGAUGUGAAUGAUUGGAAGAGUUACGAAUGUUCAGAUGAGGGUUCAUAUACUCAGAACAUUCAUAACUCGUCUACUCAUUCACAUCCAUCAAAAGAAGAAAAUCGCACUAGAAAUCGCAGCAAAAAUUGCAAGUGUAAACUGGCCUUUACUGUCGUUCUAAUUGAAGGGUUCCUCAAAUAUUGAUUCAAUACAUUACCUCGAGCUGACCAAUUCAUUUCAUUAAGUUCCUCGAAAUAUUCAUACACUUCCUAGUAUAAUUGUAAACUUCCUGUUGAAUAAUUUGAAUGCACCAAUCACCUUUGUUGUUUGUGCAACUAACCAAUCAUAAAUAGAAAGGAAGUGACCAGAAAUGAUCAAAUUCUUGGAAUUGGUUCUUUCACAGGAAGUGUAUGAAUAUCUCGAGGAACUUGAUGAAAUGAAUUGGUCAGCCUGAGGUAAUGUAUUGAAUCAAUAUUUGAGGAACACUUCAAUUGGAACGACAAUAAGAGGGUGGCUGUAUAGACCCAUUGCACAUGACGUCACAGCGCCGGUGACGAUGCAUCUGGAGGACAAAUUAGCAAUCUAUGCAUAAUAUAACUUCUGUAAACAAAGCAAAUUUUGAAAAACUUUAUAAUAAUUUUGUGUUAAAAUGGUUAGUUUUUGCGCUGUAUGUGGUUGUUGUACCCAAACAGAUAUUGUUAGGGAGCAUCUGGAGGACACUCUAAGGAUUUGUGACGUCAGUGCAAUGGGUCUAUAGGGAGAUUUGAUUGUAUUUUCCUUUUACAAUCUUAUGAUUUCUUUUUAGCAAACUUUGCUAACACCAGUUUUCGAAGUAUGUUUUUCGAAGCAAUGUUUUUCAUAUCUAACUCCCGUUUCAUCUCGUUUAUUUCUUUUUCUUUUUGAUUUUCCAGUUGUUCCAGUUGUUUCACUCUCAUUCUCAAUCUUUUUAUCAAAAUAUCUUUGGUUUCCACCAUCAUACGAGCUUCAUCUCUUUGCCAUCUCAGUUGUUCAGUCUCGCUCAGAAACCUUUCCUUAUUCCUCAACUUCUCAACUCGCAUCUCAGCUUUGCUUUGUGUUUUUAACUCGCGUAAUUUGCGUCGAAGUUCUCCCUCGCGCUCCAGGGCAAAUUGCUCCCCAGAAAUAGCAUUAGCACAAUCGAUACUCUUCUUUAAAACUAAUUCUUUGUAGCGUUUUACAUCUGAAUCCUUUUUGCGCAAAAGUUUUGGUUUGGUUAACAAUACGGGGUGACUAUCACUAGCAAGAUUUGGUCGAGAGGCUAAUUUCGGGAAAGUUAAGGCGGAACAAUUGUUUUCACGAAUUACGUCGCUCAUUUUUGAAGUGACAAGACUGCUACAUUUUCCCCCAAAAAGAUCCGAGUUCUUACUUCCAGAUUUGUUGGUCAAUACUGUCGCUAAUGUCCCCGUGCUUGUUGGUAAGAUAAGGUUUGAAGAUGGCGAAUAGUUCAUCCUUUAAAAAACUGGUCAAAAAUCCAAGUGUUCAGUUCAUAGGUAUCUCGUAUAUCUACUGCUCCAGUUACUACACGACGCUUAUUAAUGUAACGAAGGAAAAUGGAGAAAUUGUCAACUGUUAAAGUGUAUUUGUAUGUUUG